AAGAUGAAGGCCGCCUUUGUUUCCGUUUUUCUCAUCGCCAUCGCUCUCGCCAGCGUGUCAGCGACGUCGCCGCCACAGUGUGCCGGCGUAGUAUGCGACCCGUCAACAUGCGAGGUGCUCGAAUGUAGCUGCGGAACUUACAAGGGAUACUGCGGCUGCUGCGACUAUUGUCACGCGUGUCCCAACGAAGAAUGCAACAGCCUGUUCAGGGACCCCUGCUCGGAGGGCUACCACUGCGUCCUGGACAAUCCUGGCCAACGCUUUGAGAACGGCGGCGUAGGACACUGCAAGCCCAAGCCAUAAACUAAUGCCUAGAACUUCAAUUGAUGGCGCGAAUUUUAAGACAGGAACGUAGAAGGCACGUAAGACACGGACAAGCGCACUUGAAGUUCAGCUAUGCACCAACUAGCCCGACAGCAAACGUUAUUAAUGCCUAGAACUAGAACUAGGUGGUUGCGGAGCGCUACCAAUGCCCAUUGCAUUCGCUCCUUAAAGGGGCCCUACAACACUUUUCAAGAUAAUCAUCGAAUUACCUUAUUAUCGGUGUUUAUUGCCUCACGAAUCGCCUGCCACAAAAAGUUUUAGAAUCCAUCAAGUACGAGCGGAGUUACAGGGAUUUGUAGCACGCUCUAGGCGCUUUCUCUCUCCUUUCGUACCAGCGAGCUCUCCUAAAGCUACGCAGGGAGGGGGAAGACAAAGGGGAAAGAAGCUACGUCCGUACUACAGGGCGUGUUGACGUUCAGCACUUUUUCUUUCUUGUUUCCUUUGAACAUGCGGAUUCUAGCAGCGGGUAACUAUGGAGCUCACGAUGCUCAAAUCAGCCAAUGGCCGUGUCCAUGUGCCUUUGGGGCAUAUGACGCAGUUAACUUUGGGUACACGUCAUCAUAUGUCGAGAGGGGAGGGAGCGAAUUCAAGCUGACUUUGAAAUUUGGUUGUAAAUUGCAUGCCGCGUGCUGCGCUAUAAUGUUUAGCUCACAUGUUCACAGGAACAUCGACUACCGAUCGGCAGCAUUUUUUUUUACCAAGUUCAAAAGUGUUGCGUUGCAGGGCUCCUUUAAGCAACGGCUUCCUUCUUGUAACGUUGCCCCCGAAAGCCAGAACUUGUACACUUAUCCGUGUAUUUCCUACGCUGCUCUCGCAACCCCAAUUGCGUUAAGGUCUUCCCGCAAUGGUCUGUCUGUCUUCCUCUUGCGUGUGUCACAUUAUAAGACAAAAUAUGCCCUUCAGUCUCUUGGACUCCACUCUGUGAUUCUUAAUAACCGCCGGUAAUUAAUAGCAGCAGACUGGAUUCCAAGAGAAGGCAAGUGCGCCAGGGAAGGGAGAAAGUUAAGUGGGCAGAUGAGGUUAAGAAGAUUGCGGGGAUAAAGUGGCCGCAGUGAGCACAGGACCAAGUUGAUUGGAGAAACACGGGAAAAACUGAUGUUGAUGAUGUCCUUCAGCAAAUACCAAAUUCGACCAACAAACAGCUCCGUUGAAACAUAUGUCGUAUUAAAGUGACACUGAGAUGAUACACGAAAGCAUUUUACACUUAUAAAAUAGAACUUAAAAAUGUUAGAUUUGUCUGCUUCACAGUAAUACACUGAUCAAGCUAGAAGUGAAAAUGUUGGACAAUAUUUGAUUUCUUGAUGUACGCGCGGGACUCCCUUCGCCUCUCGCAAUAUCUGUGACGUCACGCAGUUCGAAGGAUCUCGGCAGUUGCUGCAAUGUGAGAGGUAAUCAAUAUUGCUGUCCCGUAGAAGUGUCAUUGAGGAGGGACACUAAAGCUGUUUACACUAAUAAAAUAUUGUUUCAGAACAAUGCUUUUUAUCGAUCUCGUGGUAGUUUGUUGAUAGCUGAAAAAAAAUGUUGAUCAAAAUUUUAUUCUUUGUUACAUUGCGGCGAAACGUCGGCGCCGGUGUCAGCAUGACGUCACAAACUUCAAAGAAUAUUGCCAUUUUUACAACCUAAAGAGUAUGAAAUCUUGUUUAGCUCAGUCUUUGGUUCCUGUGUUAUGUAACGUACGUUGCCGAUACUAAAUAGGCCUCAGCGGACGCCGUCGAUAGCAAUGAAGUCAUGAAGAGCUGUUCUGGGAGCUUCAAGAUGGCGUCGCUACCAAUGAUUCGUUUUUCUAUUUUUCUCGUAUUAUGUCGGGCCUCUUGUCACCGUGAAAUUGCAUCUUUUUUUCACAUUGUAGAAGUGUAAUUUACUUAUAAAAUUCAAAUAAUGAAUUUUCUCUUUUUUAGGCCAACCUUAAAAUAGAUGACGUGCUGUUUCAAAAACCAAAUAAUAAAGAUUUUGU